AUGUGCCAAGUUAGUGGAAAAUCCACAACUAGAUGGUUGACAAAUGAAGACUACACCGUGCUACAGACAUUUAUGUUGCUUAAUUGUGACACAUUUGCACCAUAUGAAAGGAUUAUUAAAAAGGCUACUCAAUCAUAUGAAUUUCCUAUGUGGAUGUUGGAUUUUGUUCAAGGUCCGAGAAGAAAUUAUACAUCUUGGCAUAUAUACUUGUUACGAGAAUACCGCUUUCACACGCAUGCCCAUGGCCAAAAUAAGAAAACUCUACAUUACGAUGUAUAUGUUAAGGGAACCACUGAUGCUGAUUAUUACGGGCUCAUUGAAGAUAUUAUGAUGAUCGAGUACCAUGGUGCCGUUGGGCUCAAAGCUAUGAUUUUCAAAUGCAAGUGGUUCAGUACUACAGAAGGCUGUGGAUUUCACAAACAUCCUUCAAGUAUCGUCGAUGUGUCUCCGCAUAGACGAUGUGAGAAAUAUGAUCCUGUUAUAUUAUCCGGUAAUUGUAAUCAAACAUGUUUUAUCGCUUAUCUACACGUUCGUCGUUCCUCAUCUGAUUGGUGGGCCUGUACAAAAGUUAUGCCACGAGAGUUUCUAGCUCUACAAGCAGUACAAGACGAUACACGCAACCAGGUUGUAGCAGCAAGUGCAAUGAUACGAAUUGAAUCACAUGUUAUGGAAGAUGCUUCUAAUUAUGAUAUGCAACAUGUAUGUCCUCCAAAUGAUGAAUACAUAUCAGAAGAUGAAUUAGAAAAUUCGGCUAAUGACUAUGAUUCUGAUACUGAUUCUGAUUAUGGUUCUGACUAA